AUGCUACCCCUACGCGGAUGGCGGAACGGCGCCGCCCGAGUGGCCGGCCGUCGCUGCUGCGGAAUAUCUCCGCCGGCCGGGGGCGCCGUCGUGGGGCGCGAGUUCUCCAAAUCCACCGCCAUCCCGAAGAAGCUCCUGCGCGUCCGCGACCACGGCUUCGACGGCUACAUGGAGGUCCAGAAGAAGGUCCGCCGCGCCCUCAAGCUCCAGGAGCUCAUCCUCUCCCACCCAGGCGGCGCCGCCCCCGUCUCCCAGCUCGACGCCCUCGCCCGCCGCCACGCCGCCUUCGGCCCCUUCGAGGCGGGCUCCUUCCUCCUCAAGCACCCCCACGUCUUCCACAUCUACGAGCACCCCGUCCAGCGCGUGCUCUGGGUGCGCCUAACCCCUCGCGCCGCCCGUCAGCUCCACGAAGAGGCCACCGCCGUGCAGGAUAUGCUCCCCGACGCCACCCUCCGCCUGCGGAAGCUCCUCCUCCUCUCCAACUCCGGCCGCCUCCGCCUCGAGCACGUCCGCGUCGCCCGCCGCGAUCUAGGGCUCCCUGACGACUUCGAGUACUCCGUCGUCCUCGCCAAUCCCCGCUUCUUCCGCCUCGUCGGCGGCGACGGGCGGCGCUCCAAGUACAUCGAGGCGGCGGCGGCGGAAGGGGACGACAAGGACGAUGAGCUGCGAGUCUGCGCGAUCGAACGGAGUCGGGAGAGGGAGUACCGGGAAAGGGGGGGAGACGCCGAGGACAUGAGGUUCUCCUUCCUGGUGAGGUUCCCGCCUGGUUUCAAGAUCGGCAAGUACUUCCGCAUCGCCAUGUGGAAGUGGCAGCGGGUGCCCUACUGGUCUCCCUACGAGGACGUAUCGGGGUACGACCUCAGAUCCAUGGAGGCGCAGAGGAGGAUGGAGAAGCGGGCGGUGGCCACCAUCCACGAGCUGCUGUCGCUGACGGUGGAGAAGAAGACCACGUUGGAGAGGAUCGCCCACUUCAGGCAGGCCAUGGACCUCCCGAUGAAGCUCAAGGAGUUCCUGCUGCGGCACCAGGGCAUCUUCUACAUCUCCACGAGGGGAAACCAGGGGAAGCUCCACACGGUGUUCCUCAGGGAGGCCUACUGCAAGGGGGAGAUGGUGGAGCCCAACCCGGUGCACCUGGCGAGGAGGAAGCUCGCCGAGCUGCUGCUGACCAGCCCCAAGGACGUCAACCUGGACAGGAUGCUGACCAGUCUCGGGAGGGCCUGGGGAGGAGGGGGGCAGACGGGUGGGAUGGAAUGCCUUCCGAGAGACUGCCAUGGGGUGAGCGAGGAGGAAGAUGGGUCUGAUUCAGCUGUGGAAUCUGAGUUUGCAGAGUGA